AUGUCAAUUUCACUUCUUUCACUUUCAAACGAACUGUUGUUUGCUAUUCUAGCAGAACUAGAAGUCGAAGAUGUCACCUCAGUCCUCGAAACCCACCCUGCUCUCUAUCAGGUUUCAUACUGGUGUCUCCGAAAACGCAGACGUCACCUAUCUCUGAGAUCGUACUCCAGCUCUGGAGAUAUCUCCAGAGUCCGAAUAUUGCUGAAAGCAGGUGGGAAAGCUGAUGAUUGGUCAUUCUUUUUUGGAUCAUCUCUUGCCGACGCUGCUGGAAAUGGCCAUGAAGAAAUCGUGAAGUUACUUCUUGACCACGGCGCCCGAAUGGAUCAUGAGGGGCAUUUCGUUCACCAUCCACUCCAAGCUGCCGCAUCGAAGGGAUAUUUUACCAUCGUCAACUUGAUGCUUGACUACGGCGUUGAUGUCAACAGCACAAGUGUUUGUGGAGACACUGCUCUUACUGAAACCAUCCGAUACAAAGGUAAAUAUUCUUACCAUAAACGAGGGCCGUGGAUGGGACGUGGUCGAUUUCUGCAUAGGAGAAGCAAAACACCCUUCAGCUACUACGAUACAAUGAAGGUGCUUCUCGAAUACGGUGCUAAUCCCGACAGGAUCGGUCGAUCUGCAGCAAAUACAGCACUACAUACGGCCAUGUUGCAGCAGGAUACUGUGGGCUUGCUUUUGGAAUACGGAGCCAAUCCGAAUUCUCGAAACCAUAACGACGUAACACCAUUACAUUCGAUUGGUACUAGCAAGUUCAAAUACGACCCUCGAUGCACUGAGAUAGCCAAACUCCUUGAUCGUGGCGCGGAUGUCAAUGCACGAGAUAAGGAUGGGAGAACACCAAUACACAUCGUAGCAUCUGCUGAUGGACGGGGAGAAGCUCUUACUGGGAUUUAUCUCUCCCACAAAGCCGAUGUCAAUGCAGCUGAUUUGGAUGGAAUUACACCUCUCCAUAUAGCGGUUGCAGGUCCACUCGCCAAUAUUCGAGUCAUAGAGCUAUUAUUGAAAUCUGGUGCCGAUGCGAAUGCAAAAACACUCAAGGGUAACACACCUCUGCAUAUGGCAGUCCAUUACGAAGCACCGGAUAAAGCGAUCAAAUUGCUUUUUGAAUAUGGAGCAGAUAUGAACAGUUCAAAUGAACAAUGA